GUUGGCAACCGAAAAAAACACUCACUUACUGCUCCUCCAUACCUUCCUAAUCAAUCAACACUCCAAAAGGAGACAAAAAAUCAAUGUCUUUCUUCCUCACCAGUUUAUCUUAUAUUCUUAUGGAUUAAUAAUUAUCACCAUAAAAGGGGACUUGAUAGGUGAAUUACAAGAAGUACAAUUCACUAGCCUUGUUCUAUCUUCAUCUCUGCUAUCUAUCUCUUCCAAUCUCUCCCACUUUAAUUUCCAUCGAAUUAUGGCCGAGCCUGUGGUUUCUGGGGUGCUGGGACAGUUGGCUUCCAUCGCAAUUGACUUGGCAAUGCAAGAGCUGAGGCUGGUAAAGGAUGCUGACAAAAACAUAUCCAGCUCAGAAGAAAGCUCAAAGACUUACAAGCUGUGCUGGAGGACGCCGAAAGGAAACAACUGGACGAUGCCGGUGUUAGACGUUGGUUGGAGAAGCUCACUGAUGUUUCUUACGACAUCGAUGAUGUGCUGGAGGAGUGGAGCACUGAAACUAUCAAAUCCGUAAUUCAGAAUCAAAAAGAAGCUGAUAAGAAGAAAAAGGUAUGUCUUCCAUUGACCUCUUCUUGCUUUUGUGUUAACCAACUUAAACGAGUUGGUGUUCGCCAAGAUAUUGUGCAGAGAAUCAAAGAGCUGAAUGAAACAUUAGAAGAGAUUGCCAAAGAAAAACAACAUUACUCAUUGGAAACAACAAAAGUUGUUCAAAAGCAGACAAGAGAGACUAUCUCCUUUCUUGAUGAGUCUCGAGUGUAUGGUCUGGAUGGGCCUAAGAGCGUUCUAAUUGAAAAGUUGCUCAAUGAGAGUGGUGAAGGGCGGCCUGGUGGUGGUAAAUCAAUUCCUGUUAUCAUCCCUAUUGUGGGGAUGGGGGGAAUUGGGAAAACCACUCUUGCCCAACUUGCAUUCAAUGAUGCAGAGGUCAAGACACACUUCUCCGAGCAGAUGUGGGCGUGUGUUUCAGACCCUUUUGACGAGAUUAAAGUUGCCAAAGCAAUUAUUGAAUCUCUCAAAGCUAGUCACCAAAAUUUAGGAACAUUGGAAGCUUUAUUCCAACGUAUUCGUGAAUCCAUCGAGGGAAAGAAGUUCUUUCUUGUCCUAGAUGAUGUAUGGAGCGAUGACCAUGAAAAAUGGGAAAAAUAUAUGCAAGUGCUUAGACUGGGUGCUGUAGGAAGUAGGGUGUUGGUAACAACCAGAAAAAAGGAAGUUGCGAUAAUGAUGGGAGCAGCCACCCAAAUGAUUACCCUGCAACUGCUGUCUGAUGAGCAUUGUUGGUCAAUAUUCAGUGCCUUGCAUUCAGGGAAAGAAACAGUGAAGAGUACAAAGAAUUUGAGAGAGUUGGGAGGCAAAUUGCAAGCAAGUGCAAAGGAUUGCCUCUGGUAGCAAAGAGCUUAGGAAGUUUGAUGCGUUCCAAGGUGACUGAACAGGAGUGGAAGGAUGUUCUAUCUAGUAGAUUCUGGGAGUUAAAAGAUGAACAAACCAAAACUUUUGCUCCAUUCUUCUUGAGCUAUUAUGAUUUGUCUCCUAGAGAAAGACGUUGCUUCUCUUAUUGUUCUGUAUUUCCUAAAGAUUUUGAGUUUUGGAGAGUUCAUUUGAUUGAGAUGUGGAUGUCACAAGGUUAUUUAAGUGGUAGUCAAAAUCCGGAGGAAGAAGGUGAAAAGUGCUUUCAAAUUCUAACCAUGCGGUCUUUCUUUCAAGAUUUCGGGGUAGGUUUCGAUGGAAGAAUUGUAAGUUACAAAAUGCACGACAUAUUGCACGACUUCGCCCAAUUUUUGACAAGAAACGAAUGCUCUACCAUGAGAGUUCAAGUUGAUAUGCAGAAAAGAGAGCGUCCUAGUGUUGAAAAGAUUCGUCACUCUUGGUUGUCAUUGGCACCUAAUUUUCCCAAAAUUCCUACUUUAGUAUUUGAUCAAGGAAAUCUCCGUUCCCUUUUCAUAGAUUGUGCAUCAGAUACUAGUUUAGGUGAUGAAAAUAUGGUGUUCUUUCAUCAAAACUUUCGUUAUCUAAAACAUCUUAGAACACUACGUUUCAGAUCUAGCAAAAUAACAAAGGUUCCAGAGCAAAUUGGGCAGUUGAUGCAUUUGAGAUAUCUGAUCAUGUACGAAAGCAUGUAUGUGCAAGAAUUGGUUGAUGAAGUAUGUGAUUUAUGUAAUUUACAGACUUUAAUGAUUCAAGGAUGCAGCCGGCUUCAAAGACUACCAGAAGGGAUGGGAAAGCUAGUGAAUUUGAGACACCUUUACAUGCGUGGCUGUUAUGCAUUGGUGGGAUUUCCGAAAGGAAUUGGUCGACUAACUCAACUUCGGACGCUAGACACAAUGGUUAUACCAAAGAAGAAUGAAGCAGCAUAUUUUUUGAGUGUGGGAGAUUUGAAAAAGUUGAAUCGCCUUCGAUUUCAAAGGUAUGAUUUUGAAAUAAGUAAGUGCUGUAAUUUGAUAAAUCGGAGCGAGAGUGAGCUAAUGUAUUGGGAAUGUCUAGUAGGCCUAGUUCUAGAUUUUGGAGGGAUUGAUGAAAAGGAGGAAAUUAGAGACGAAGAAGAUGAAUUUGGGAUACUUGAAGCCUUACAACCACAUCCAAACUUGAGAUAUUUACGAAUCACCAAGUAUAAGGGUACCAAUUUGUAUCCCAAAUGGAUGAUGGGGUUGGAUAGGUUGACGGGGCUCCAGAUUAUAGACUGCAAGCAGUGUGAGAGUUUACAUCCUUUGGGAAGACUACUACCUUCACUCGAAGAGCUUGAGAUUGAUGGGUUGGAUAAAGUGGAAAAGAUAGGUGAUGAGUUUCUGGGACUUGGAGUGGAGCAAGCUGAAGCUGUCUCAUUCCCAAAACUGAAAGUGCUUCUGUUUUACAACAUGCGGGAUUGGGAAGAUUGGGAAGGCACUGCAGGCACUAGUCUUCAAUUGGGAGUUAUGCCGUGUCUAAAACUCUUAAGAAUUGAAAAUUGUGGCAAUCUCAAAUCACUACCACCCUAUCUCAAACUCACUCCAUUGCACACUCUGUGUAUCAACGCCUGCAGGAUGAUAUCACAAUCUCUGCAAAACUCAGAAGAGGAGUUUACCAAGAUUUCUCACAUCCCACGCAUCAUCAUUGAUGGUGAAGAGUCGAUCAAGAUCCGAGUAGAACAUCAGCGACAAUGAUAUUUCGUUUGAUUUCUAAAUCAACUUGUUAUAUAUGGAAAUUAAGGAUCAAGUGCUUGCCUAUAUGAUCUCUUACGUUCAGACGCACCAAGUUGGUAUUAUACCAAAGGGAUCGACGGGCAAAAUCUGGUCUACCAGAAAGACUGGAGGGUUUCUUGCGUCGAUCGGGCAAUAAAACUUGUGCAGACUGCGGAUCUCCAGAUCCAAAAUGGGUACCUUUAAGUUUCGGAGUACUAAUAUGUAUCAAGUGUUCUGGAGUGCAUCGAAGCCUUGGAGCGCAUAUAUCAAAGAUAUGGCUCAAACUAUUCGUGCUUCUUGACCUAGUCUUGUAACAGCAAAUUAUAUAAUUGCAGAUUUACAACCUUGUAUUGACAUUGCACUAAAAUUGCAAGCCUUCACAAUUUUUCACUGAGGAUGAAUUUACUGCUUUCUAAGGAAAGUUGAAAAGAAAGGUUAUACAUAACUUGACAAGCUCUGAAUCAGCCUUAACCAGUGUAAUCUCAACUUAUGGGAUUAUCAUCGUUCUAUGAUUUCAAGUUUUGGGAUUACUUAAUCACAGGUCACUUCCUUAAACUCAGCCUUUAUGAUUUAGUGCAAAUCCAUGAACAGUCAGUUAAAAGUAGGUGGUGCCAAAUUCAUUAGUUGGUUGGGAAAUCUACGUUAAUGAUAAAGCUUCUAGCCUGAAGCUCUCCCUCUCCAAUUAGCAACGUGCACAAGGUGGACAAAGGUGCUGGUGCUUGUUAAAGCUGUUAAAACUGACAAUUUUUAAAGCUUGAUAUGCAUGGUUGAACAAUGCGUCGCUAAAAGCAUAAUGAGUCGCUAAAUAAGAGACGAUAAUUAUGAGUCGCUAAAUAUUCAACUAUUAGCGACUAACAUAUUUAGCGACUCAACAUAAAAAUGUCGCUAAUAAAUUUUUAGCGACAUUAUGCAAAAGCAUCGCUAAAUAAUACAUCACUAUAAGUUAAUCGAUAUAAUGGGUCACUAAAAGACUAUAUGCGUGGCUAAAAACUCAAAUAUAGACUACUCACAUAGUACGUCGCUAAAUCUCCAUAUGCAUCGCUAAAAAGUUUAAAAUAGACGACUUUUAACUGAGUUGCUAAAACUAAAUAUGCAUCAGUGAUUUUUAAACUGAAUUGCUAAAAGGUGUUUUGAGUCGCUAAAAACUUUAAUACUGACGACAUGCAUAAUGCAUCGCUAAAAGUACGUAUAUGUCGCUAAAAACUUUAAUAAAGAUGACUCUUAAAAUGAGUCGCUAGUUAUCUUAUGGAUUUAGCGACAGAACAUUAGGCAAUUCUCUGUGAUCCAUUGUUAAAUAUUUUGUGCAACGCAUUUAUUGCGUCAUUUAUCAAUGCGAUUCUAGUUGUGCUGGAACACCAUUUAUCUAAAUCAGAAAAGCUACAAAAUAGUAUUUCGAAAACUGCUGUUCAAGGCCUAGAGAAGCACACAUAUUCAUCAUCCAGCAGUUAAAAGACUAGGGCGGUAAAGAAGAUUAAGAAUUGGUUGUAUCUUUCCCUCAAAAAAAGUUCAUUUCAAUUUAGAAAAACUUAAAAAUCAAGAAUCAUUAAUGAAAACAGAGAAUAAGGGGUGACUGAAUUGAAAAUGACGCCAUAAUGAUAUACAAAACUCCAUCACGCAUCGAGAUACAAUUACAACAUCCCUUUUAAUGUUUAAAUUCUUAUCAAUGUUAAUUCAAAGUAAGCAAGUUCACCACCUAAACUCUUGACCAUCAAUUUCUAUAAUCUUUCAACACUCUAUCUUGUUUUACAAAAUCAUAAGAGGUAAAAGGCUUAUGCUCUACCAGUUGAUAUAUUUAAUAAUAAACUCACUUGUAGUUGGUAAGGUAAUAAAAUGGACUGAAAAUUCUUUCUUUUUCAAACAUCAACCAAAAUUUUUCCUAGUAACUCUUAGGACCCCAUCU